AUGGAUACUGCUACUUUAAGAAUCCUCGUAGGAGUGAUCGGAAACAUUAUAUCGGGCAUUCUCUUUCUCUCCCCUGUGCCAACAUUUAUGAAGAUUAUCAAGGCAAAAUCAGUUCAAGCUUUCAAACCAGAUCCAUAUGUUGCCACGAUUCUCAAUUGUGCUAUGUGGGCGUUCUAUGGUCUCCCAAUCGUCCAUCCCGACAGUCUUCUAGUCAUCACAAUCAAUGGUGCUGGAUUCGCCAUUGAAUGCGUUUAUGUCACCAUCUUCUUCAUCUACUCUUCAUGGGGUGGCCGUAAGAAGAUCAUCAUCGUCCUCAUCAUUGAAGCAAUUUUCGUAGCUGUGAUUGUCGUAGUUACUUUGACAUUCUUCCACACCUAUGCCUCAAGAUCUAUGAUCGUCGGAUUAAUUUGCAUAGUUUUCAACAUCCUCAUGUAUGCAUCUCCAUUGACCGUCAUGAAAAUGGUGAUCAAGACAAAAAGCGUCAAGUACAUGCCACUUCCCUUGGCUGUUGCUAGCUUCUUGAACGGAAUUGUGUGGGUUAUCUAUGCUCUCCUCCAAUUCGAUCCCUACAUCUUGGUUCCAAAUGCAUUGGGAACAAUCUCAGCAAUUAUUCAACUCGUGUUGUAUGCCACCUACUACAGCACCACCAACUGGGACGAAGAUGAACCCAGUGAGGUUCAAAUGUCCGCAUCCACCAAUGCCUAA